GAAGAUCCGGACUAUGCCGUUUACGCACCUCAGACUCCCACAUCCACUGGCGGAGGAACAUCUGUGCUGGGAGCCCACAUCAGUGACAAGUGUCCAACUUUAAAAUGCAUCUCAAGAUGCCAAACUUGCUUUUGUUUUUCUGUUUACUUCAAGGACUGAAUAACUUUAUCAGCGCGCAAAACUCCGCGGCCUGGAGAAAUCGGAUCCAGUGGGUGAAUAACGGCCAGGUGUUCAGGUUAAUGAGCACCGGCUCGGAAUAUCACGCACCGGUGGCGACAAGAAGACAGUCCAGGGUGUUUCUAAGCAACAAUAGAGAUGCAGUCCGAGACAGGACCAUGCAAAUCCGUGUGGAAUCGUCUGAUUCUGCGGCCACCAGUAGCGGAGGCACCGCGCUUUUAGGUCCAGACCGCAUGCAGUUCAUCGCGGCUAACAGCCGCACACCUGGCGCCAGACAAAUGCAGGAGCGCCAGCGGCUCAGAGCAGCUCCAGGAACUAGAUCCAACGCCACAGCUCCGUCCGAAUACUCCGGCGGAGGCAGAACCCCGGCACAAGUGGACAAUACCGCACGGAGGGCACCAGCGGUUGCCAAUCUCCAACACCUGGAAGCGCCUACGGAGAAUUCCAACGCUGUAACAAACGGAAACUAUAAUGAAGCUGCGCUCUCCAGAGCGCAAACUCCGAAUGUGGUGCAGGGAACCACGUCUGAAAGUAUGGCAGGAGAUGAUCCGCGAAACAGGAAUACGGUUUUCUAUAACAUCUAUCCGCCCGGCGGCAGGACGGUCAUCCCGCGCCGCCCGCCGCCUGGCACCGGUUACGGAACCAGAUACUUCCAGAACGGUCUUCCUGAUCUUGUGCCAGAUCCAUAUUCCAUCCAGGCGGGCUCAUACAUCCAACGCGUCCAGAUGUACGCGCUCCGGUGCGCGGCGGAGGAAAACUGCCUGGCGCGGUCUGCAUACAGACCCACAGUCAGAGACAUCGACUACAGGGUUCUGCUGCGCUUCCCACAGAAAGUCAGAAACAUGGGAACGACCGACUUUCUGCCCGUCAAACCCAGACAUCAGUGGGAGUGGCACAGCUGCCAUCAACACUAUCACAGCAUGGAUGCAUUCAGUCACUAUGAUCUGCUGGACAUCAACACCGGAAUGAAGGUCGCCGAAGGUCACAAGGCCAGUUUCUGUCUGGAAGAUACGGGCUGUGACCCUGGAUUUCACCGCAGAUACGCCUGCACUGCACACACACAGGGUUUGAGUCCAGGCUGCCACGACACGUACGCAGCCAACAUCGACUGCCAGUGGAUCGACAUCACAGACGUCCCUCCUGGAAACUACAUUCUCAAGGUCACAGUCAAUCCAGACUUCCUGGUGGCCGAGUCUGACUUCUCCAACAACGUUGUGCGAUGUGAGGUCGUUUACACCGGCGUUUACAUCCAAACGAGAAACUGCAUCCUAACUGGGAUGUAAACCCUUCGGGUUGGAGUUUUUAAAGGCCUAUAUAAUAGGUUUGAUUAUAGUAAUUUAAAGCUUUUUUAGUAACUUGAAACGCUCCAUAUAGUUGUUGGAGUAAUAUUUAUGACAAAAGUACUGUAUCUAUUUUAGAUGAGUUUGAUUUCUUGCCCUAGAGCAAGCAACUUUAAGUCAAAUUAAUGUGUUUUUGUGAUGUUUGCAUUAUAAUAGAAUGUAAUUUUGCAUUUAUUUUAAAUGAAGAACUAUAAAUUAAUAGAUCAGUAUGUUAUUGUUUGUAUUUAUUGCAUAGGUUAUGAAAGCCAUAAGCAUUUUCUUUAAAACUAAGAUAAUAUUAAACGACCUUUUGUGUUGACUUUACUCCAGUGCAGAUCAUUUGUGUAAAAUGUACACUAUUUAAAAGGUUUAGUUUUCCAGAUUUCAGUUAAUAUUUCUGUCUUAAACAUCUUGAAAAGUUUGCUGCGAGCUUCCUUUGUCUCUGCCAUGAUUAUAAAACAUUUUCCAUGAAUGUUGGACUUGGAUGAACAAGGUCGUUUGUGGUUUGAUUUGCAAUAAACAGAAAUGCAGAGAAUGUAAUAGAGAAAAUGGAUUGUGGUUAUUUUCUAAACUCUUUCUUUAUUAAAUCACGGCUUCAUUCAAUACAAAGAAAGUUCAAAUGAGCUCUCAUUUGAGAUGUUUAAAC